CACAGACUACAGAGAACGAGAGAAGAAGUCACUGUCAGUUCGCCCUUGAGAAGACAUUAAAUUGCUUUUGCCUUGUGCAGUCUUUCACCUUUCUGGUGGUUUUGAGAAGUAUUUCUUAUAGUUUUCCGAAAUGCCGCGACGUGGAAGGUCUCCUUCCCCAACUCCUAGCAGAAAUGUUCCAAUGAGGUCUGCGCCUGCCGCACCGGCCCCAGCGCCUGCGGCCGCUCAGCCAAUGGUGGUACAGGAGCAGCCCAGCAUGUUCAAGCAGAUGGCUGCCACUGCUGGUGGAGUAGCUGUCGGAUCUGCCGUUGGUCACACCCUCGGGCACGCCAUGACUGGGAUGUUCAGUGGAGGCAGUAGUGAGGCUGCUGCGCCUGCCGCAGCCGCAGCUCCUCCCAGCAACUACGCAGCAGGUGCGGGCCCUCAGGAGCCGACAGGACCUUGCGCCUGGGAGAUCAAACAGUUCCUGCAGUGCGCGCAGGGCCAGAGCGACCUCACUCUGUGCGAAGGCUUCAACGAGGCUUUGCGCCAGUGCAAGGUUGCCAACCGUGUGUAGUUAUAAUUUCGUUCAACCGGAUAGCCAAAUUAUGAAAAUAAUUAGUUACAAGAUUUUAAAUUCAUUAUUAUCUUCUUUAAUUUGACUUAACAGUUAAAUCACACCAAUAUAUUUGUUGUUCCACGAAGUAGUAAAAAUAGUUAAAUAAAAUUGUAAGCAUUAGAAAUAUCUUUUUUCUGUAUUUUUACCUGACAAUUUUCUAUUUUUUGGUUAUGUUUUUAUUUUAAAACAAAUUAAACAAUUGUUGAUUUUCAA